AUGAAAUAAUGAUUUUCGUGAACAGAAGUAGGUGAUAUCCACGAGCAGAGCCGAAGGUGUUGCACAAAGUGGGGAUGUUGGCGUCGGGUGGCAGAGUAAGUUCAGUUUCGUUCUGCGUCUCAUCCAGACUGGAAUCACGGUGAUGAGCGUGCCGGCAGUUUAAGAAUCGUAUCGCAGUAGCCUGAUCGAUAUACGCGACAAUUCGAGAGACUGCAGUUGUGCGUGACUAUAAAUUGGAAGAAAUUUUUCCAUCAAGAAGUGGAACGAAAUCGAUCCAAAAAACGAGGACGCUGAACUGAUGAACCUAAUCUCCUUUCUUACUUCCGCAAAUUACAAUUUCUAAUCACUGACCUGAAUUGAAUGUCGUCAACUUUCAAGGACAAAAAUUGUGCAAGGAUGCAAGCUGAGAAGACAGACACGGAAGAGAAAAACGAUACGAAGUUAGAGAACGUGGAGUCCGAGAAAAACGAGGUCAAGGAGGAGAAAAACGGAGCCAGCAACGAAAACAGCGAAGAAGCGGUGACGACGAAAGCGUCGAACUUGAAGAUCGAGGAUGAGACCGGAAGCUCGACGCCCAGCAGCCCCGGCGCCAGCCAGCCGGGCAGCUUUUUGGCAAAUUUCAAGGCGUUCUCGAAAUUUGGUGACCCGAAAAGCGACGGGAAGCUGAUCACGCUUAGUCAGAGCGAUAAGUGGAUGAAGCAGGCUAAGGUGAUCGAUGGGAAGAAGAUCACUACUACUGAUACAGGGAUUUAUUUUAAGAAACACAAAUCUAUGAAGCUGGGCAUCGAACAGUACAAAUCAUUCUUGGAAGAGUUAGCCAAGAGCAAGAAGGUCGAUCUGACGGAGAUGAAGAAGAAAAUGGCGAACUGUGGUCCUCCGGGAGUCACUAGCGGCGCUGGUGCUGCAGGCAAAGCCGCGUCCACAGUGGACAGACUAACAGACGUGAGCAGGUACACAGGCUCCCACAAGCAACGUUUCGACGAGACCGGGAAAGGCAAAGGAAUCGCUGGUCGAAAGGAUCUGCCCGAUCAAUCCGGUUACGUGCAGGGUUACCAAAACAAAGACACCUACAACAAGGCUCACUAGCCUCGAAUCGCGUGCUUCUGUGAUGUCUUCGACACUCUGUUGUCCCGUCCACGUACUUCACACGAACCGUAUCGCGUUCUCGCCUCGUCUUCGUGUUCGUUCUUCCAGCUCAUUAAAAAUGAACACCCAGCUGACAAUCACCAUAGAACGAAUCCUUCAUCUCCACGAGGCGAUCACGCGCGUAAAACACCGAUCGGCGACUUUCUUCUUCGGGGACGCUCUUCUUGCAAAUACGCUGCAUUUAGAUCGUUGCGAACGUUCGCACGAGUACGAUAAAUUAUAAUUCGCAUUUCGACGAAGUUACACGCGGAGCUGACUCUUCCAUACGCUUUAAAGAUUGAAAGCAAUUAACAUGUACAAGAGAUCGUGUGCGAGAUAUUUAUUCUUACGAUAUACGUAAUAGAUUAAAGUGUACUUAAAAUGGCCGCCUGCGGCGGCGAGCUUACGACCAAAAUGACUCGGUACUAACUCUCGAGGAUAUUUCAGAAACUUAUUCACUUUUCGAGGACACGUUUGCGAGAGAUUUUAUUUUGUUAGAAAAAAGUAUUCUAUUUUGUUUCCUUAUGUCGGACGCAGCAGGUGCGUCAUUUAACGUUUAUUAGAACAAGUUUAACAAAGCUUUCGCAAUAAUGUCUUCAACGCAUUAAUAAACGCACUUUACGAGUUCUCUCUAAUCGAUGUACACUAAGGGACAGAUGUUCCGGAUGGCCCGAUAUUUCGAACAAUAAAGACGAGUUUAACGAA